GGCAGGGGCGGGGGGAACGCGACGCUCCGCCCCGGCGCGCGGGCCCCUCCCUCCGCCCGGCCUCCGCGGGCGCCCUCCCCUCGCCGGGGGCCGCGAGCUGCAUUUGGUCAAACCCAGCCCCGGAAUAUAUAGAUCAUUGGAGCGCAAUGAAGUAGCCUCUGGAGAGGAGGGAGGGGGCCGUCCGACUGCCACAGCGGCCGGCGCAGCGGCGGCCCGGCGGCACCACCGUCACCGCGCGCACCCGGCGCCUGGCCCGCGAGGAGGCAGCGGCGGCGGCCGGCGGAGCGGAGGCGGCAGCGGGGAGGCGAGGAGGAGCCGCUGGAGGAGCAGGAGCGCGCAGCCGGCGGGUCCCCACGUCUCGGCACUUCCAGAGCAACUCCGGCGCCUUCCACACGCCCUUGCGGGGCUGGCGGCUCCAGGAGCGGCCGCGACGCCAGCCGCAUAGUGUCCCUGAGCCCUGCCCAGCCCUGCCCCGCGCCUCCCGGGCUCCGCUCCGCGCGGCGGGGUCCCGGUCCCUGCGCCCCGGGCGCGCCUCCCGGACUCCCAGGUCCCUGCAGUCAGGACAAAGCCAUGAAGCCGGCGCUGCUGGAAGUGAUGAGGAUGAACAGAAUUUGCCGGAUGGUGCUGGCCACUUGCUUGGGAUCCUUUAUCCUGGUCAUCUUCUAUUUCCAAAGUAUGUUGCACCCAGUCAUGCGGAGGAACCCCUUCGGUGUGGACAUCUGCUGCCGGAAGGGGUCUCGAAGCCCCCUGCAGGAGCUCUACAACCCCACCCAGCUGGAGCUCUCGAGCACGGCCGUCUUGCACCAGAUGAGGCGGGACCAGGUCACAGACACCUGCCGGGCCAAUAGCGCCAUGAGCCGCAAGCGGCGGGUGCUGACCCCCAACGACCUGAAGCACCUGGUGGUGGAUGAGGACCACGAGCUCAUCUACUGCUACGUACCCAAGGUGGCGUGCACCAACUGGAAGCGGCUCAUGAUGGUCCUGACUGGCCGGGGGAAGUACAGCGACCCCAUGGAGAUCCCGGCCAACGAGGCGCACGUCUCGGCCAACCUGAAGACCCUGAACCAGUACAGCAUCCCAGAAAUCAACCACCGCUUGAAAAGCUACAUGAAGUUCUUGUUCGUCCGGGAGCCCUUCGAGAGGCUGGUGUCAGCCUACCGCAACAAGUUCACCCAGAAGUACAACACCUCCUUCCACAAGCGAUACGGCACCAAGAUCGUCAAGCGGCAGCGAAAGAACGCCACCCAGGAGGCCCUGCGCAAAGGGGACGACGUCAAGUUCGAAGAGUUUGUGGCUUAUCUCAUUGACCCACACACCCAGCGUGAGGAGCCCUUCAACGAACACUGGCAAACCGUCUACUCCCUCUGCCACCCGUGCCACAUCCAUUACGACCUCGUGGGCAAGUACGAGACUCUGGAAGAGGAUUCUAAUUACGUCCUGCAGCUGGCAGGAGUGGGCAGCUACCUGAAGUUCCCCACCUAUGCCAAGUCUACGAGAACUACUGAUGAAAUGACCACAGAGUUCUUCCAGAACAUCAGCUCAGAGCACCAAACGCAGCUGUACGAAGUCUACAAACUUGAUUUUUUAAUGUUCAAUUAUUCAGUGCCAAGCUACCUGAAAUUGGAAUAAAGGGGUGGGGAGAGGGAGAGAAUCAUGCUUUUUAAUUUAAGAUUUUUAUUUGUCAAAAGAAUUAUAUGGAUAUUGGGUUAUUUUGUAAAUUAAUGUUUCUUUGGGGAUGAUGCUGCGAGCAGCAUAGUGAGAAUUAUUUAAACUCCUUAAUAGGGAAGGACAGCUGUCUUUGCAGGAGAAUAGGAUGGGUGUCCUUGUUUUUAGACAUAAACACUGCAACACUGUCUCAAAGGUUUCCUUGUGUUCUGGUGAAUUCCAUGAAUCGUGCAUCCCAAAAAUUUUAAUUAAUAUUAUUUAUAGUUAUUUAAACAUGGUCUCUGUAUAGAUCUCUUUUUGUGGCAGCAAUAUUCUCAUGGCUUUGCAGAAGAAACUGACGUUUCAUUCUGUGCUUGCUACAGCUCCCCUGGGGGCCCGAGUGUUCUCCUUCCUAACAUCUCGCUGAGUGGCUGCGUGCUGGUAACCAUUGUGAAGUCUAGUGAUGUCACCAUUCUUAAAAUUCUGCUAGAAACAGAAGGAGGCACCUUUGCAAGGGACUGAUUCCAAACCAAUGUCAAUCAACCCAAAGUCCCUUGCACUGAAGAAAUGUGAUUUUUAUCCCAAGGAGGGAGCUGAUGGUAGUUUUUUGGGGGUGGGGGUUGUGGGGGAUUCCACCAGAAUCAGCAGUCUGAUAGAAUAGGCUUUCCUACAGAAAGUUUUAACUGGCAGUGCCAGUUGUGAUGAAGGUAAAGUGGCUGUUGAUCUGUUCAACAAAUAUUUAUUGAUCAACUCUUAUGCUAAGCCUCAAUUUAGGCCAUACAGAUAAAGCAUUGAACAAAACCAAUAGUCUCAGGCCUCAAGAAGCUUUACAUGGACACAAAGUAUCCAGCUCGACAGUUAGCAAACCCCUGAUAUUUCUGAGCUGAACAUGAGGUUUGGACUAUUCCUGAACAACCCCAGGACCAUUACCCCUACAGAUUGGCAUUUUCUGAUGGCCCAAAUUUGAAAACCACAUGCUUGGAGCAGACCACUUCACUUGGUGAGGAAUCCAGGCUCACUGCCCAGCACAAGAGAUGACAAAAACAUUUCCUACCGUGUGCCCAACCCCAAAGUCCUGGUAGCGUCUGCUUUAAGCAUCAGAACAGAUUGGCCAGGCCCAGCGUGAAACAGCGCUGUGACUUAGUGAUGUCAGCCUUGGAUGGGGGGGGUAUUCACCAAGUACCUCCUCCUGUCAUCUCCAGCUCCAGCCCAGCAUCUGUGUCUGCUUGUAGAAUUGUUGAUUUCUGCCAUGUGUAGACACUCUGCCGUGUAAGCCAGUGAGAUGCUAUGGGCAGGACUCACUCAUCCAUCCGUUCAGGGAUGUGCAGUGGUCUGGCAUUUCUACCCCUCAUGAAAGUCAGAGGUGGACUGUUUGUACACAGAUGCACAUGAAUAUCCUUCCUAAGUCCUCCUGAGGCACCUGUGCAACCAUCGGUACCUUUGCAACCACCAUGCAUGAGCAGCAAGGGCAGCCUUCCAUGAUGGUAAUCCAUGCCCCCUUUCCUCUGGAAGGCUGGAAAUCUCCCAUUUCCUGUUCCUUGCUAAUUAACACCUGCACAUGCUUCUCAUUUCCAGCCAUUUCUGAUGCCUUGGUUAAAGUGUGAGCCACAUCCCUCUUACAGCUAGUGAAUGAGUUGGUAGCAGAUACUGUAUAUAAUAAUAGUUCCAAUAAUGGGGUGGGUGGGGUGUGGGUAAGUUUUGUUUUUUGUUUUUGAUGCAAUAUAUAGCAAAGGGGUGAGAAGACUAUUCUAAACAAACAAAAAAAUGAAUAAUUUAUUCACAGAAACUAUUAGAAUUGUUUUGUAAAGCUCACAGCCAGCUCAGUGAAUAGCAGCUGCCGCAUUUCACUGAGGAAAUUACGUUAUUGAAUGUGAGGGAGGUGUGUACUGGAGAGGGUGGCCAAAGCUAUUUAUAAAAUGUUGUGUACUUUCUUCCAAGCUCUUUCCCCUUCGUGAGGGGCAUGGCGAUUAUACCCUUGAUGGUGGAGAUUUAUGCCAUGUAUUUCACCGAGUGACAGACCUCAGCUGUCCCUGGAAUUGGGAGUCUGGACUCUAUUACCUGGCAGGGGACACUGUCCUCAGAAAUAGGGCUUCUGCUAGUGAGACAGGCUGUCCACGAUUUCCUGAUAGGCGCUCCACAGAACAAAGGUUCUAGGUGACAUCAGGUUGGUGUGAUGCAAGAAAAGGGUGUUAUGGUCAGAUAUCCUUGGGAACAAGGUUAAAUCAGUUUCCUUUCUGCAGGACUUUUCAGAGCCUUGAACACAUGCUGUGUAUUGUGAAUCCCCAAGAACACUGAGUUGGUAGUAUUUCCUGAACUUACAUGACCAGGAUACUCUAUUUUGUAGGUCAUCUCACAGAGGUAGUGUUUUGUGGAGUAUAACUUUGGUUGGGUUGAUUUAGCACAUCUGAGGUCUUUAAGGAUAAAAAUUGCUCCCCUAACCCCCUCUCGAAAAAAAGCAAAACAAAACAAAAAAACCAGCGCCACCAUCUCCAUCUGGUUUAUAGCAACAGAGCUACUUUACCAAAUUACUUCACUUUUCACUUAAGUGCAAUGGUUCUGAUCCUGGAUACUGUCACGGGCAAUGAUUCCAUCCCUCCCCAAGGAGGUGGUGUGGACAGAGGAAGAGGGGAGACAGUGGGGCAUAAGGCCACCCAGUGGUCCCUGUAGUCCUUGAGUUUCAGGUGGCUCAAUAUAAGCAGAGGGAGCCGGACCCCUGAUGACUGCUUCUUCAAUUCCAUGGUUUGGAAUGGUUCACUAUGCGCUUUUUGGUUUUAAAUGGAAAUUCAUAUAGGUUUCUUGAGUUUUGUGUUUCCACUUCCAUCUUUAAUCAGUUGUUCAAGCUCGCUCAGUGCUGAGCGCAGAUCUCCACCUUUCAUCUGUCUUCUCUCUCUCAAGUGAGAAGAACUGUCCUUCAGGGCAUGACACAUCAGUCUGGUUCUCCAGUGAGGGACCCUUUCCCAUGGUUUGCAUUCUCAUUUUACUUUCUAAGGGCAUAAAAACUUU